UGUGGUGUGGCAUCCCAAGAUCGAUCACAUCCCAGCCGAAGCGAGCGCGAGAGCGAGCGGAGCCCCUCUCCCUCCCUCUCGGCGCUCAGCAGAGCCAAAGCACGAGUUAGAGUCUACCGAGCUUAUCCCCCCGCCGUCCGCCUCCGCCUCCGCCUCUCGUUUCCUUCACAGUUCACACACACACACUAUCAGCUGUCACCCAGUCAGUCGGCCGGUCAAGCCCAGCCGCCCCCUUGCUUCCUCUGUCUCCCUGCUCCUGCUCUGCUCUCCCCAACCCCAGUCACCACCAGGUUAAUAUAAACGCACGUACCCAAAGCCCAGCUAGCGAGCGCCUUCACACGCACCACUGUACCCCUACUAUCCUGCCUUUUGGUGUGACGCUACCUGCGACGAGUCGAGGCAUGGCACUCACGGCGUUCGAGACCGCGGAGCAGCGCCUGCCGUGCCGCGUCGAGCAGGCCGACGCAGGCGGCAAGGUGGUGGUCGCUGCUGCCGAGCAGGCCGUGCCGCCGCAGGAGGCGGACCGCGGCGGCCGUCUCGAGAGGGACGACAUAUGGAACAUGAUCCAGUCGCAGAAGCCGCCCGCGGCCCCGGCGCCGAGGCAGGCGCCGUACGUGCCCGCGCCCGUGCGCCGCUCCUCCAGCCUGCUCACCCAGAAGAGCCUGGAGAUCUGCACCGAGAGCCUCGGCUCCGAGACUGGCUCCGAUGGCUUCUCCGACGCCGAUGGCGCCGCCGACCGCUCCUGCCCGGGCUCCGACGAUGACGGCGCCAACGGGGUGGCCGCGCCCGCCAUGCCGCCCCGCGCGUUCCCGCCGCCGCUGCCGUCCCUGGCGCGCCGCACUGUGGGGUCGCUGCAGAUGAGGCAGCACCGCCGCGACGGCCGCCUGGUCGUCGAGGCCGUCCCCGUGCUGUCCAACACCCUGUUCCGCGCGCAGCGCCGUGGCGGGCGCCUGCUCCUCUCCUUCGCCGACACCGCCGCCCCCGCCGAGGACGAGGGGAAGAACCACGCCCAGGAGACCGAUCAGCAGCAGGCCGACGAGCGAACCCACGAGGAGGAGGAGGAGGAGGAGGAGGGGGAGGAGGUCCAGGUCGUGGACAGAGGCACCAUCGUCGAGGUCAAGGUCAGCACGCAGCCCCAGGCGCACAGCAGUGGAGCGCGGGUGCACCGCUCCUCGCUCGUCAUCAACAAGUUCGUCGGCGCCGAGCCCGUCAACGCCUCCGAGAUCAAUGACGCCGCUGCUGUGCCGCCGCAGCAGCCACCCAAGCCUGCGAGCAGUUCGGCAGCCGCUGCCUUGGCCGCAGCUCCGGCCCUAAGCGCGACUGCGACACUGCCGGAAGAUGACGACGGCACUGCUGCCACGCCCUGCGAGGGCAAGGUGCUGAUGACGACGAGGAGGCGGCGGAGCAAGCAGGAGCUCCUCAACCACAUGCGCCGGUGCGGCCAGCUGAGCGGGCAGCUCUUCAUUUGGGAGCCGCGCGUCGCCACCUCCUCCUGAGCCCAUCGUCGUCCCGCACGACGCGCCGCCGCCGCCUCCUGAUUCCGUCCGACUCCAUGCCUCGAGGAGGGCCCUGUUUGUUUGUAGCCGUUGCUGCUGCCUGGUGUAACGUAAGCGUGCGUAAUAUUGAUGUCUGUGUUAGUAGUAAGUGAUUUGAUAAUCACGUGAUUGGCUUAGCCGUACGAGCGAGCGAGAGCGAGAGUAGAUUGCUUUGGUUUAUCCCCGUGCCUCCGCGCACGUGUUGUAUCUACUUGCGUGCUAUCUACUAGUGGUCAUAAUUUAAGAUAAACAAGAAUGUUUGUGUGA